UUGAAAUUUUUGCUUAUAGUAUUAAUUGCAAUAAAUUUUAUUUAUUGUGCGAUUGUAAUUAAUAAAAUUGUGGUACGAGUGCCUAAGGAAGAUGAUAUUGGAUUGAUAUUUGAUCUUUGUGUGGCAAAUACUGAUAUGAAUAAUAAAAAAGAAAUGUUAGAAUUUCGCAUACGUUCCGAUGGAUCAUGUUGUCUUAAUAUAUCGGAUGGUAAAAUAAUGACAGAUGCUAGCAGAAUAGUUGGUGGGAAUUUUGGUUCAAUAGAAGCAGGUGCUGUUGAGACAGUAUCACUCAUAUGGCCGACUGUGUCACUUUAUAAUCGUGUGGGAUUUUGUCCAAUUAUUAUUGUUUCUAUAAAUGCCAACGACGAACAAAAGAAAUUUAAACAUAUGCUGCACUUUGAUACGCGGUUUGCUACAUUAGAUCCAGAAGGACGCACCUUGCGGAGACAUAAAAAUUAUAAGGAUUGUAAAAAUUGGGAUAAGGAAUACUUAAAAAAUUGUACUCCAGUUAACUGUGAAGAGCGAUAUUUUGGUCGUCGUAAUUAUUAUAAUCAUACUUCUGAGCAAUGCGAAGAAGUGCCCCGUUGCGCCGAACACAUUGAAAUUUACGAUAUUUAUGGCAAUGAAUAUACGCAGAGUGUACUGAAAAUAUGGAAAGAACAUUGCUCUAAACUGGAGCCCCCAACAGAAAAAGAUGGUGUUUAA